GAACAUAGUUCAGUUUUUAUUUUAAUUUGGAAAUUCAGUAGAUAUACAUAAAUCGAUAUUCACAACUGCAGCAUCAUGUCUUCAUUUAUUGCAAAAUUAAAAUCAACACCCUUGCCACCCAUAAAAAAUGUUCUCAAUGUAGCUCUGCAGACAGCCAGGCAACAAAUGCCUGAUAAACGUGAAUAUGAGCAGCCAGGAGGACACGGUCAGAACGAAUCUCAACAAUUUUCACAGGCACAGAAUCCAUUUCCGGAAGAAAGUUACAAUGAUAAUAUUGAAACGAAUACCUUGAAUCCCUUUCGUAAUCCAAAUGGAUAUUUCAAUGCGGAGAAUGAAGAAUUCAAAGCAGGUGAAGUUCAGCAAACUUCAUUUAUAAAUGAUGAAUAUGAUGGACGGUAUCAGCAAUCCGAUGGAUACAGACAAGGCAGUGUUGCUUCUGGAGACAGUUCAUUUGCUUGUGAAGGCGAAGGAGGUUCUGGUGCCAAAAUAAAUGAAUUCCAAGCAGCGUGGAAUGUCACCAACGCAAUUCAAGGAAUGUUCAUUGUAUCAUUGCCGUUUGCUGUUCUACAUGGAGGAUACUGGGCAAUCAUUGCCAUGGUAGGAAUUGCUCAUAUAUGCUGCUACACCGGUAAAGUCUUAGUUCAAUGCCUCUACGAACCGGAUCCCAACACAGGUCAACCUGUUCGAGUGCGUGAUAGUUACGUUUCCAUUGCCAAGGUAUGUUUUGGUCCAAAAUACGGUGCCAGAGCUGUAAGUCUUGCUCAAAUAAUUGAGCUUCUAAUGACGUGUAUCCUGUACGUUGUUGUCUGCGGUGAUCUUUUGGCUGGUACUUAUCCACAAGGAUCUUUAGAUUCAAGAUCAUGGAUGAUGUUGACUGGCAUAUUUCUCCUGCCAUUGGGUUUUCUCAAAUCAUUAAAAAUGGUGUCACUGUUAUCCUUUUGGUGCACAAUGUCACAUUUAGUUAUCAAUGCAGUCAUUCUUGGAUAUUGUUUAUUGCAAAUCGGCGAUUGGGGUUGGUCAAAGGUCAGGUGGAGCAUUGAUAUGGAGAAAUUUCCAAUAUCUCUGGGUGUAAUUGUUUUUUCCUAUACUUCGCAAAUCUUUCUGCCAACUUUAGAAGGCAACAUGGUCGAUCGAUCAAAGUUUAACUGGAUGUUAGAUUGGUCUCAUAUUGCAGCGGCUAUAUUUAAGGCCGCCUUUGGCUACCUUUGUUUCUUGACUUUCCAAAAUGAUACUCAACAAGUUAUAACAAAUAAUUUACACUCCCAAGGCUUCAAGGGAAUGGUUAAUUUCUUCUUGGUCAUCAAAGCUAUUCUAAGUUAUCCCUUGCCAUAUUAUGCUGCAUGUGAAUUAUUAGAAAGAACAUUCUUUCGUGGGCCGCCAAAAACUAAAUUUCCCACUAUUUGGCACUUGGAUGGAGAACUUAAAGUUUGGGGUCUUGGAUUUAGAGUUGGUGUGAUAUUCGCCACUAUUAUGAUGGCCAUAUUUAUUCCACACUUUUCGAUUUUAAUGGGUUUUAUUGGAAGCUUUACAGGGACGAUGUUGAGUUUCAUUUGGCCUUGCUAUUUCCAUCUUAAAAUCAAAGGCCAUUUAUUGGACCAGAAAACUGUAGCUUAUGACUACCUCAUUAUAUUUUUAGGUGUAUUGUUUGGGGUAAUUGGGGUUUAUGAUUCCGGGAAUGCACUUAUUGAAGCUUUUGAAAUUGGCUUACCGUUUUAAAAAGAUAUUAUACAUAUACAUAGUUUUACUUUUCAUCUUAUUAAAAUUAUUUUAAAAAUACGAAAAUCGAGAACUUGUAAACUAGCUCAUCAACCGUUAUACUUUUUCCUUAAUAAGCAGUUCAAAAGAAUAAAUUUUGCAGCAAAUGUAACCCAGUUGAUAAGAAUAUUACGUAAGUUAGAGAAUAGAUAAUGCUGACAGAAUGAUCUACUAAUUCUGAAUUCAAACAUUAUUUUUUUUUAUCCUUUUAUUUUAUGAACUCAUUUUAUCGAGUGAACCUUUUUUUUUAACUUUCGAUUAGUUUAAAUUUUUUUCGUUUUGCAGCUCUACGAAAAAAAGUUUUGUUGAUUUUUUCUUAAUUUCGAAUUCGAUUUAGGUGGUUUUCAAAUAUAAUAUUUUAUUUUAAAUGAUCCAGUUACCAUAGAUAGAAGAUAAAACAAAAUCGCUUUAGGCCGUACAAAAUUGCACCGAACUAAUUUUUUGGUAUAUAUUAGUAAAAUAAACCUAAUUUAGAUGUUUCGGAAGGCCUUUGCUAACUUUGUGGUAUGUUAAAACCAAAUAUUUUUCGACAGUUUUUAGUUCAUAAAAUUAAAUUUUCUAGCAACUAGUUUAGUUGCUAUAAUUAGAGCUUAACAACUUCUUGCAAUAGAUCACUUCAAAAGUUGGAAAUUUUCCCAAAAAGUAGAGCUGUUCGUGGCAAGUUUGCGCAACCGGUAAAAGUGCGCAUUGCUAUUUUCUCAUAAGUAGGUAAUGAUCAAAUUUAAAUUUUUGCCGAUACACGGAUGCACAAUUAAUUAGGUAUCUGAUCUUCGUUGCAGUGCGUUAUGUUUAUGCAUCUGUUGUUUUUAUUGUUUCGACAAAAAGCAAAUGGAAAAAAGCAAAUUUUCCUUAAAAUUGCCAACAAUUUUCAAACUUUGACAGUAGUUUGAUAUUUGAGGGCAAGUACACGCAUUUUCUUAAAUGUCUCUAAGACUUGAAAAAUAAAAAAAUAA